GGGAGACUGAUACAGUGGCUCUGUGAACAUAUAAAGGUGCAUGUUUCUAAGAUCAUCUAUACACUAGACACCUGUCGCCUAUUCUGCCAGGAGGGUUCUUUGCCAAGGACGGCACUACUCCGCUUGAUUCAGGGUGAAAGUAUCUUGCCUGGAAUCUCUGCUUCGUUUGAUUUUCCAGGCUGCGGAAGCAAUCAGAAUGCCUUUUAAACCUCCAAAAUCUGCCACAGGCAGUCAAGCCACCUUUUUCCAGGGAGAAGAAAUCUGCAAGCAGGGAGAGUUCAUCAAGUCACCCCCUCCUCAGCUUUUCACUUCACAGGGGUCCUGGAAAAAGCGCUAUUUCAUCUUGUGCAAGCCUAGCAAGAGAUGCUACAUGCUGAAGUACCUUAAAGGCCAACAGAUAAAGGGCUCCAUUGCAAUUGAUCAGAUUUCAAAUGUAGAGAUUGGCAUCAAUAAUUAUGAGAAGAUGACAGCAAUAAGGAAGAUGUUCAAGUGCUGCCCUGAGGAAGUGAUAUCCAUCAACACGGAGAGCAGGGAUUACUACCUCAUUGGGAAGGACAGGGAACAAGUGGAGGAUUGGAUGACUUCCUUAUCUCUAGCCCGUGCAGAGACAACAGAGAAUGGAUACUCCACUCAGAGCCAGAAUCCUGCAACUCAGAGAAGCAAAGGUCGGUCCCUUUCUUCGCCACCGAGCUUUGAUGAAACAGUGACGAGCACCCACCAACAGAUGCUGAGCAACUGCAAUGAAACUGAAGUGGAAGAUCCCGCAGAUGACAAGCAAAGGCCUAAUUCAGAUCCAGGCUCUUGCAAUCUCCCUGAAAAGCAACCCUGCUACAGCUCCCCAGUGCAUCAUCUUCCAAGUCCGAACAACAGUUCUGAAGAGACCAGAAAAAGUCAGCUGCUGUUGCAUUCAGAUGGGAACACCAAUGAAAAGGGGGAAGAAUAUUAUGCUUUUCCAAGCAGUAUUCUAGCACAGCUGGAAAGUGAACAAGCUACAUCUGAUUCCCCAAUUCACUCUCACAACCUAAUGGAGACUGGGGAUCAUCUUAGCAGAAAGUUGUACCUGUCAAUGAAAGCUUUAUUUCCUGAAGAGAAACUCCAGCCCACACACAGAAGUGACGAAUCCCUGACCAUUCCCAGAAGCCAAGCAAAUAGCGUACAUUGGGGAAACUCUGAGGCAGAUGGAAACCAACAACAACUCAUGCAAAGCAGUACCAGCAAGCAGCUACCUCAGAAAAGAAAGCCAAAUUCAUCACCAUUAUCAGUGGUUCAGCUGUCUAUAAUAAUCAACAAAAUCAAGGAUAGCAGCCAGCUGCAAGAGGUGGAUAUUUGCAUUCCUCAUGCUGAUCUCACCAGUAAUCUAAUUCUUAUUGAAGCAGCAGGACAAAUAUGUGUCUCGCAGUGGAGGGGUCCCCCUCGCCUAGGCUGUCUCUUUCACCACGGGGAUCACAUAGUGGCUGUGAAUGACCUGCGCAUACAUAGCAUUGAGGAGCUUUCCUUGUUCAUCAGCAAGUCUGUGAAAAAGGAGGUGAAACUCACCAUUUGUCGGAUCCCAGAUUCAGCCAUUUUCCAUAUUAAAGGUUGCUCAUGUUCCUAGAUAAGUGGUAGCCAUGAGCGUAUUCCUGAAGAUGGAAGGAUCAGUAUUUAAUAUUUCUAUUGCACUUGCACUCAGGCCUCAUUGGGUUAUGCCCUGUAUAAACACAUAGAGGGACAUGGGUCCUAUUUAGAAGGCAUCAGCACUGAAGAUAGAAGGAAAAAGGACAUCGGCUUGAAGACUAUCCAGAGUGGUUGUGGGACUGCUUCCCUUUAAAUUGUCUUUUUUUGAGCAACAUCCCUGGUGUUGCCACAACUCAGUUACUUGACACUGUUCUUCUAAUGGCUGGAAUGGCUUCAGAUGUGAUCACUUCUGACCAGGUUGGGAUUGCAGUCUUUCCUGGCUGUGCAGACAAAUCAGCUUGCCUUCAGGACAAUCCUCCAGCCUUGAAAAUGGCCGCUGGCCAUAGAAUUGCAAUCGAAAAGAGCUCACUUUUUUUUUUCCUAAGUAGGGAGAAGCAAAGGAGGUACAAACGGUGUGGGAAGUUAUUUCCUGCCGCUUCCCAGAGCAAAUGUUUGUGAACAGAGGUGCUUACAGGUAUAUGAUCCAUCAGCAGUUAUCACUGGGGAAAACCCCACUGCAGCCAGGUCUGCACAAGUCAGUUGAAGCAGAAAAUGAACCAUGCAUUCUGCAGCUGCUUGUUAUGGCUCCGCUCACUGUUAUGGCAAGCGUGUUGGUCCUAGAGCAAAAUGACGUUUUGGUGGAUUUGGCUAACAUUGAUGGUUCCUUUGUAUUUCAGACAUCUGGGAUUUAUUUCCCUACUUUUGCAAGUCAGAACCACAGUGCUAGCAAGUGAUUUUCAGCGGCGGCUUGUUUUCAUGUCAGACUGUGCACAGUAGUGAUGGGCUCAGUGAACAUUACACAUGGUGUGCUUUUAUUUUUGCUGCAGAUUGUACGCUAGUUAUAAAAUACAGAGGUGAGAGCCACAUGGUGAAUUAGAGGAUGUGAUGCAAUGUAACAUGUUCCUGUGACCUGCCCAGAAUUAUCCCAGCAGGACUCGCUCUCGGGGUGUGUCUACACAGCACCCUUAUCUCAAAAUAAGCUACACAAUUUGCGCUAUGCAAAUUGCAUAGCUUAUUUCGAGGUAUUUUCGAAAUAGCUUAUUUUGAAAUUUGGUGCGGUCUACACAAAUCCCUUAACUGGGCAAGUCUAUGAGUAUAAAACACAAGAUGUAUCGUUUGAUGUACGUGCCCUUGUAGUCGUCAUGCUCUGUCGUGUAAUUGUCUGUGCCCUUUGCCUCACCAACCUGGUAUAAGUUGAGCAACCAUGCUUUUUAUUUUUUAAAAAGCAGAGAACUUCUGACGUGCUGAAGACCAGAAACUGAGGGGAGGGAGCAGCAGAUCCUUUGUGGACAGGUUAAACGCAGCCGUGAGAAGGCUGCCUGCCUGCCUCCAGCCCUGGCAAUCCUGCAAGAAUGCCAAACCUGCUCACGUUGCUGAUGCCUUUACGAGAAGCUGGUGGGUGCCUGGGGCCAGUGCCGGCAAGAUUCUAGGUGUGGCAGCAUCUGCCAAACCGGGCACACCAGCUAGGGCAGCAAGGAGGCGGGGAGGUUGGAGCAUUUGUUGACAAAACAUUAACAGGCACCACAUAUAUUGUACUGUGAUUUCCCGUCAUCUAGAUGCCUGCAAGAGAGUGAGUAACUUAAAAGUUAAUUUCCACGUUCCCAUGACGCACACUUUCACUCCUAGUUUCUUCUGUCCCUUCUGAAGGGGCAAGAGAGAUGCCACAAUUCUUCAGAGAGAAGAGGCGCUCCGAGGACACAGAGGCUGCGUCUAGACUGGCAAGUUUUUCCGCAAAAGCACAUGCUUUUGCGGAAAAACUUGCCAGCUGGCUA